UAAAUUAGGUAGGCAUAAUAAGUUAAUGAUCUCUAUGUAUUGUGGAAAAAAGUAAGCAUGAAGAGAAGCGGGAAAAUUGUUUGUUGGUAGUUAGUAAGAUAGAGAUUCACCAAUGACAAUCAAGCAUAAACGCAGUUGACAAGGUCUUUGAAAUCACAAUCUGCCAAACCAAAACAAACGAAGAAAAGUAAGGUUAGGAAAUUAACAACAAGCAUCAUCAUCGGUGACAAAGUUCUGAUUUAGUAUACGUUAGAUGAUAUCAGUCUUAGAUUUCAGUUAUUUUAAAAAUGAAUGAAAACGAGGUCAGCAAUUUCAACAGCAUGAGAUCUGAAGAUUCCAUGAAAAAAGGACGGCGUUCAAGUUUCUUCAAAAGGAGGUCUACUUUUACUGCAGAUCUCAGUUUUAUGACGGAUGAAAUUUUGUGUGAGUCUGAGGACAAAAGCAGUGAUCAAGAAGUGGAACACAAAUUAACCCAGUAUAUAAAAGAAUUAAAAAGAGAGAAAGAAGACUGGAAGAAAAUAUAUGAAAAAUUAAAAAGGGAUAACAGAGAAUUAAAACAGAAAUGUUCCCAACUGGUGGACCACUCUAGUAGUUGGGACCUAUUAUUGCCACAGGACAAAAGGUUCCUACAGGAACGGCCGGACUAUGUGAGUGUGGGUCGUCUAGUAGACAGGACAGCUGAGGCCAUAGCGAUCAGACAUAACCGCACCACUGCUACCACUGACAAGUUGCUACACCUUGCAGAGGACUGUCAGGAGACGAUAUCAUACGUCACAGCCACCACAAUCUUACAAAUCAUGUCACAGUUUAAUGAGUUAGAUGUACAUUGUCAGGAUGAAUCUAAAUGUGAAUAAACCACACUCAGAAUGGA